UAUUACAUAACCACCAUUGCUUGAAAGCUAGCCAAAAUAAAAAUGGCAACCCAACCUCAAAAUUCAGAUCUUACAUUCCCACCCGCGGAUGUUGCUGGAGAACUUCAUCCUGAGACAAACACAAACGUUCAGAUUGACCCGACAUCUUCUGAGGUUGCAGCCUACAAGGAAACGAAGGCACAAAAUGAGGCCAAACAAGAGAAAGAUGAAAGAGAAAAGAAGGAUGCAUUGCAAACAAUAAAAUCAGCAAUUGUAAUUUGAGGUAUAGUUGUGGCUUUGGCAGGAGCUGCAUUUGCUAUAGCCAAGAAAUUAAGAGAGAAAUGA